AUGAAGGCGUUUGUCCAUAAGUUCAAAAGAUCUAUGGAAACCCUAAAAGAGGAUGAUGAAUUUUUUGUUGAAAAAAAACAACUAAAUGCGUUAAACACAUAUUUUUCACACUCAUUAUUAUAUCUAGAAAGAUUAGAAAGUGUGAUUAAAAAUAUAAAUAUUAUGAUAAGUGAUCUAAAUAGAUGUUUAAUGUCGUUUUUUGAGAAUGAUAUAAAUUUAGGAAUAGUACAACAUAUAUCUCAUAUUUUAAACACAUUUACUGAUGUAAGAGAGCAAAUAACGAAUCAUAUAAUUAGUGCCAAAUCUGUAACUAAUGAAACACUUGAAAAAAUAAGAAAAAUACAAAAUUUAUGUUUAAAAAAAAAGGAAUUAGGAAUAUCAAUAGAGCAUUAUGAAAAAAAAAUAAAAAAAUUACAACAAGUAAAUUCUCCAAAUCAAAAGCAUUUAGAAAAAAUUAUUAGAAAUGAGUCUAAAUUAAAUGGUGUCAAAUCAGAUUACUUAAAACACAAUGAAUAUAUUAAAAAGGGUUUUGAUAUUGUUUUAGAAAAUAAGACAAAUAAAGUAUUAUUAGAUGCAAGAAAAGAUUUGGAACUUUUACUUUGCUAUUUUAGCUUAAUGAAUUCUGUAUCUAUCAAGUUAAAAGACCCACUUAAAGAUAUGUACUUGAACACACAAAGAGGAAGACUCCCCAUUGAUGAUAAUUUCUUUUUAGAAAGUGAAGAUAGAAUGAAUUAUUUUUAUGAAAUGGAAAAAAAUAUUAAUAAUUAUAAUCAACUUAAUAGAUAUAACAUGUAUAAUCCCCAAUUUGAAUAUAAUAAUUAUGAACAAAAUAUAAACAAGUUUAAUAAAUAUGAUAUACCAAGUCGAUAUAGAACUUAUGAUCACAUUCCUAAUAUAUAUAACGAAUACGAUCGAAGGAAUAUAAACAAUUGCAAUUACAAUAAUAAUAAAAAUAAUAAUUAUAAUAAUAGUAGCAGUUAUAAUAAUAGUAGUAGUUACAAUAAUAGUAGCAGUUACAAUAAUAGUAACAGUUAUAAUAAUCAUGUGCUAGACAAUUAUGAUAAAUAUAACGGACAUAAUAAUUACAGAGAAAUAUAUUAUAAGAAUGGAAGUAGCAAAGAUGAUAAUUUUUUUACAACAUCUUUGAAUACGCUUACAAAAACAAUUAGUUGUAAUUUAAAUAAUACAAUUUCAAAAAUUAAUAAAAAUAAUAAUUUAAAUAGAUCUGGAAAUAGUGAUGAACGAAGUAGUAGUAGUAGUAAUCAUCAUCUUCCUUUUAUUAAAAAUAUAAAAAAUAAAAUUUAUAAAAAAACAUUAAGUCAAGACUUAUUUAUUGAAUCUGAUGAUAAAAAAGAUAACUCCUUUUUAAAAAUAAAAAAUAUUUUAGGAGGUUCUAAUAAACCAAAAGAAGAGGAAAAGGAAAAUUCUCCUCCAACUACUACCCAUCCAGCUACUACCCCUCCAGCAUUUCCUCAAUAA